AUGUCCGCAGGCGCCGCUUGGGGAAAGCUCGCCUUGGCUACCGUCGGCAUCAUGGGGUUAGGCUAUGGACUCAUGGUUUCGACCGUACCAACGCCUGAGCAAACCUAUCAAGCAAUGUCUCCCGACCUCCGAAGGAAGGUAGACGCAGCUCGUGCAGCGAGGCUAGCUCAAGAGGAUGCGACGAAGCGGCAGUUAACAGCACAGGCUCCGGAUACAAAAGACGCGGACAAACCACUAUGGGCCGAUUCGCCGCCGCAAAUCAAAGCGAGAUCGUAG